AGACCGGGGGGGGAUGCGAUUGGUCCGUCACGGUUGGCGUUUCCGCAUUCCGCAAAGGGCUGUCGGCGGAGGCGCAAGUCGGAGAGGGGACUGUCGCGUCUGUGAGGGAACCUCCUCAGUCAUUCCCAGGGGGGAGAACGGUACGACGACAAGGGACGGGAUGCCGUACAUGCUCGUCAGCACGCAGAUCCGACUGGAGAAUGGUCCAACAAAUGUGGGGGAUGAAUACUCUGAUCCAGCUGUCAUGAAUUACUUGGGAGCAAGGAAAACAACGAUGCUGGGAAACAAUUUUUCCGAAUACCAUGUGGACGACCCACCACGCCUGGUGUUGGACAAGCUGGAGAAGAUCGGCUUCCGCGUGCUGACGAUGACGGGGGUGGGACAGACGCUGGUGUGGUGCCUCCACAAGGAGACGGAGUGAUCAAUCAUAGAGCAAGUGGUGACCGAAUCCAAAUACCUCUACAGGCAUUUGAAAUGCUGACGGCUACAUAUUCAGCCCUUUGUUAAGUAAAAAUAAAGUUCUAAAAUUGAGAUUAUCCCAGACGUUGACUAGACCUUGAAUAGGUUAUGAUUACAUUAUGUAAUGAUAUGGAUUGCUUGUGUACUUCUUAAUAAAUGAAAACAAUUUGCAA